AUGGGCUUCGCCCUGGAGCGCUUCGCCGAAGCCGUGGACCCGGCUCUGGAGUGCAAGCUGUGCGGCCAGCUGGAGGCGCACGUCGAACGUUGUGGCUUCGGCCCGGCUACCCGCCCCCGCAGCGCCUCGGGCGGCGCUUCGGGGUCGGGCGGCAGGGACGUGCUCUCGCGGGGGGGCAGCGAGCCGGCGCCCGAACCCGGACCGAGCGGGGGCGCGCGCGGGGGCCCAGCCGGCAGCCGCUGCGGCAGCGGGCGGGCGCCCGGGACGCGGGUCCUCGCCUGGAGGCGGCGUGAGAAGGCGCUGCUGGCGCAGCUCUGGGCGCUGCAGGGCGAGGCGCAGCGCACCGCCCGCAGGUACCGGGAGAAGUUCGCCCAGUACAUGGCUCACGUUCGCAACUUCGUCGGGGACCUGGGCGGCGGCCACGGCCAGGAUGGAGAGCAUAAGCUAUUCACUAUCAUUUUACAAAGAGAAAAAGACACCUUGGGAUUCAAUAUUAUAGGAGGUCGACCAAAUCAGAAUAAUCAGGAAGAAACAUCAACUGAAGGAAUUUAUGUUUCAAAAAUUUUAGAAAAUGGACCUGCUGACAGAGCAGAUAGCCUGGAGAUUCAUGACAAAAUCAUUGAG